UUUCCACCGCCAGCCACAGGUGUCACAUUUCAGGAAUCGUCACUCAGGUGUGUGGGACUGGCUAGCUAUUUUUGAAUUGAAGCCGUCGGACUUGAAUUGCAACCUGCACCUGGCGCGACUUUCUCCAGAGAAGUUGAUCUAACGAGCGACAUUUGAAAAGUAACUUUAACUGAAUACAAAAAAAGGACAAAAUGAGCAAAAUUUCGAAAUUGUUCAAGGGAAGCUCAAGUUCGAGCUCUUCUAGCCACUAUCCAAGCUCUUCGAAGUCGAAACAUGGCCAUCGGUCUCGGACAGGUCCUACCCCGCAGGAGGCCAUUCACAAACUUCGAGAAACAGAGGCGAUGCUGGCGAAAAAACAGGACUUCUUGGAAAAUAAAAUUGAACAAGAAAUUAUGAUCGCGAAGAAGAAUGGCCUCAAGAAUAAACGUGCGGCCCUCCAGGCACUGAAGAGGAAGAAGCGCUUUGAGCAGCAGCUCACUCAGAUUGACGGGACCCUCUCCACCAUCGAGUUCCAAAGGGAGGCAUUGGAGAAUGCCAACACCAACACUGAGGUCCUGAAGACCAUGGGCUACGCUGCCAAGGCCAUCAAGGGCGUCCACCAGAACAUGGAUCUGGAUAAAAUUGACUCUCUGAUGCAGGACAUCACCGAGUCGCAGGAAGUGGCCCAGGAGAUCUGUGAUGCUAUCUCCCGACCUUUCGGAGAUGCAUUUGAUGAGGAUGAGCUGUUAGCGGAGCUGGCAGAGUUGGAGCUGGAGGACAGCAUGACGAACAUGGGCAGAGUGCCCAGUGUGCCUGCCUCCAAACUGCCCACCUCCAAGCUGCCCUCAACUCGACCCAGCCAGCGCACUCCGUCCAAGAAGAGGGUAGAGGAUGAUGACGACAUGCAGAUGCUGGCAGCCUGGGCAGUGUAACUAACACACACCGGACUCUAAAAUGUAUGAAGGUUAAUUUGAAUGUUUUUAUCUUUUUGUUCUAUUAAGUUUCUUAGGGAAGAGCCAAUGAUUUCUAUUUUGUUGGAUUGUUUUUAUGUGUGUUGUACAAAUAUGGAAGUGACGUAUUGGAAUGUGAGCUCUGACUAGGAGAUUUUUAUUACUGCUAUAUUACAACAUUUUCUGUCAAUGAAGGAUACAGUCGCUAGUGAAGGUCUACACACCCCUCUUCACAUUUAGCUGCCUUAAAAUUAAAGGGAUAGUUCACCUACUUUAAAACAGUGCCAGGGAAACUAAACCGAAACAUGGAUUGCGUCUUACUGAGUAAGGAAACCAAUAACAUUUUAGCAUUUGUUGCACAAAUCCCAUUUUAAGCCAUUGUUCAGUGUAUAAGUGACUUUGAGAUUCACAAUCAAUUGUAGAUACUUUUGUAUGAUUUGGUCAUGGUGUGUAAAAAUUUUAAAAAAAUGCUAAUAUCGGUACUAUGACUUGAAUGGGUUUUGUGCCACAAAUGCUUAAAUGUUUGCAUUUGGUAAUAGUGCCAAGGAAAUAAAACAAAUGCAAGGAUUGCUGUCAUACCUGGUCCAUAGACUGCUUAGCCUUACAGGGUAAGGAAACCAAUGUGUCAUUUGGGUGAACUAUCCCUUUAAAUCUAAAAAGGGAAUCAACUGUAUGUUUUUUUUUUUUCCUAACGAUCUACACAACCAACUCCACAUUUUCAAAAGUGAAGUGUCUAAAUUGCUUCAGUGUUGUGGUAGACACAUGCUAUGGGAAUGCUUGGGAAGUUAGACAAGAUGAAAAUAAAUAUGAAAGGAGAUAAAAAGUUAGAGGAAACCCUGCCACAGGCUUCUGAAUACCUAACCCUGGGAUAGUUUUAUAAUUUUUCAGCUGGAAAAUUUCACAAAUGUUGAUGCCAAAGACGGACUGUUGUGGCUUUCCUAUAGGUGUUAAGUGUUCCUGAAUGGUCCAGUCUUAGACCUGUGUUAAAUCUGCUUGAAAAUCAGUCAAGGUUUGAAUAUUGCUCUCCAAUGACUCCCAACCAAAUUUACUGAGCUUGAGUAAUUUUGACAAAAACAAUGGAUAAAUGUUGCCCUAAGAUAAAUUACAGCUGUGAUUCUACCCAAUGUUUAACACUGGUGUAAAGACAUACACAAUCAACACAUUUGUUGAAUUAAUAUAAUUGUGGAGUAGGUUGUGAACAUUUAAUGAAAUGUAUUUAAUUUGAAGGCAGCAGAAUGUGUAGACUUUCAAUAGGCACUGUACUGUAUGUCUCUUAUCAAUAGGCUACCUUUGUAAAAGGUGCUGGGUUUGUGUUAGAGCUUCACUCAUAUUCUUUAUUAUAAUUCACUAUGCUAUGAAUGUUAGUUUUAGAGUUGGAGUUUAACAAUAAUAUAUUUUUUGUAAAUAUGAAGGAUGUUGAAGAUUUUAACAAAAUAAAAUUACCCCAUUUUUUUGGGGUCAUUUUCA